AUGGCAGACAUCCUGAAUUCAUUUCAUGACACAACCUAUAAAAAAUAUCUUUUUAAUCAUAUUAAAAAUAUUGUAGGUAUUGCUAAAGAAUCUUAUCAAAAAGAUUUACAAAAAAAACGUCAACGUCUUAAAGAGCUUUUAGAGGCAGAAGAUUUAGCAUAUGAAAAUGAAAUUCGUAUUAUGUUGCAAGGUAAAUUAGAUGAAGCAAUAAGUCAACGUCAACAAGCACUACUACAUAUACAUAAUGAGAAAAUUCAUCAGGAUAAAGAAUUUAAAGCACGUAAAAGAGCCCAACAACUUAUUGAAAAUUCUGAUAAAAUUCGUUCAAUAUUAAGUGAAAAACUAUUAAAAGAAGCUAAAGCAUGUAAUUUAGCUCAAAUUGAAGAGAAAAUACAUCGAAAAAUUGAAGAAGAUCAAAUGGAUUUAUUAUGGUUAAAUGCUCAAAAUAAUUUAUUGAAAAUGGCUAAUAAAAAUCAAGACUUUGAAGAUAGAACAAGAAAAGAAAUUGGUUUAAUUGAUCAAAAUAUUCUUUUACAACAAAUGAGUGAGAAAAAUUCCAAAUAUCAAGAUAAUAAAAUUCCAGAAUGUCAGCCAGCCGGUACCGGAUCUAUAUUCUAUAAGCGUCCAGAUGAAGAAGAUUUAAAAACUAUACAAAGACAAAAAAAUAUUGAAAAUCAAAAGGAUUUACUUAAAUAUCAAGCUUUACGACAAAAAUUAAUUGAUGAAAGUUUAGAAGCCGAGAAACGUUUUAAUGAGGCAAUCAACCAAUACAUUGAUAAAGCGUUACGAGAAGAAGAAGAACAAUUAGAAGCUGAAAAUGCUUUAAUAGAAAAUCAGCAUGCUGAAUUUGAUUGUAAAUUAGUAAAAGAACAUCAAAAAUAUUUACAAAAUCAUGAAUUACUAUUGAGACAUAUGAAAGAUGUUGAAGAGAAAGAAGCUAAAAGAAAAGAAAAAUGUAGAAAAUACGGUGAGGAAUUACGAGCACAAGCUGCUAACCAUACAAUUGAUGCAUAUCAACGCAUACUCAAAGACCAAGAAGAAACUAGAAAAUUUAUUACUGAAAGGGAAGUUGAAGAUAACAUCGCUUUACAAUUGUUAUCUAAUGAUGAAAAAGCUACAAGAACUCAUCCUAAUUGGCGCUUAAUUGAUUGUGAAUGCAAAAAAUCGUAA